UGCUGGCUGUUUUCCGGUUAGCUUUCGGGCGUCGGCUGCGGGUUCAAUGCGUCUUGAGCGAGGCCGGGAGCAGCUGGCCGGCGCCCCCGAGUCGCGCGCGCGGGCCUGGGAGCAGUAUGUCGGACACGUGGAGCUCCAUUCAGGCGCACAAGAAACAGCUGGACUCGCUCCGCGAGCGGCUGCAGCGCAGGCGGAAGCAGGACUCCGGGCACCUGGAUCUGCGGAAUCCAGAGGCAGCAUUGUCCCCAACCUUCCGUAGUGAUAGUCCAGUGCCCACUGCACCCACCUCUGGUGGCCCCAAGCCCAGCACAGCUUCAGCAGUUCCGGAAUUAGCUACAGACCCUGAGUUAGAGAAGAAGUUGCUACACCACCUCUCUGAUCUGUCCUUAACAUUGCCCACUGAUGCUGUAUCCAUCUGUAUUGCCAUCUCCACGCCAGAGGCACCUGCCACUCAAGAUGGAGUAGAAAGCCUCCUACAGAAGUUUGCAGCUCAGGAGUUGAUUGAGGUAAAGCGAAGUCUCCUACAAGAUAAUGCACAUCCUACUCUUGUGACCUAUGCUGACCAUUCCAAGCUCUCUGCCAUGAUGGGUGCUGUGGCAGAAAAGAAAGGCCCUGGAGAAGUAGCAGGGACUAUCACAGGACAAAAACGUCGUGCAGAACAGGACUCAACUACAGUAGCUACAUUUGCUAGCUCUUUAGUCUCUGGUCUGGCCCCUUCAAUAUCAGAACUGGCUAAGGAACCAGCUAAGAAGUCAAGGAAACAUACAGCCUCAGAUGUUGAUCUGGAGAUAGAAAGCCUUUUGAACCAGCAGUCUACUAAAGAACAACAGAGCAAGAAGGUCAGUCAGGAGAUACUAGAACUGUUAAAUACUACAACAGCCAAGGAACAGUCCAUUGUUGAAAAGUUUCGUUCACGAGGUCGGGCCCAGGUGCAAGAAUUUUGUGACUAUGGGACCAAGGAGGAGUGCAUGAAAGCCAGUGAUGCUGAUCGACCUUGUCGCAAGCUGCACUUCAGACGAAUUAUCAACAAGCACACUGAUGAAUCCUUAGGGGACUGCUCUUUCCUUAACACCUGUUUCCACAUGGACACCUGCAAAUAUGUUCACUAUGAAAUUGAUGCUUGCAUGGAUUCUGAGGGUCCUGGCAGCAAGGACCAUACACCAAGCCAGGAGCUUGCUCUUACACAGAGUGUUGGAGGUGAUUCCAGUGCAGAUCGGCUCUUCCCACCUCAGUGGAUCUGUUGUGACAUCCGCUACCUGGACGUCAGUAUAUUGGGCAAGUUUGCAGUUGUGAUGGCUGACCCACCUUGGGACAUUCACAUGGAGCUGCCCUACGGGACCCUGACAGAUGAUGAAAUGCGCAGGCUCAACAUACCAGUACUGCAGGAUGAGGGCUUUCUCUUCCUCUGGGUCACAGGCAGGGCCAUGGAAUUGGGCAGAGAGUGUCUGAACCUCUGGGGUUACGAGCGGGUUGAUGAAAUCAUCUGGGUAAAGACGAAUCAACUGCAGCGCAUCAUUAGAACAGGCCGUACAGGUCACUGGUUGAACCAUGGGAAGGAACACUGCUUGGUUGGUGUCAAAGGAAAUCCCCAAGGCUUCAACCAGGGUCUGGAUUGUGAUGUGAUUGUAGCUGAGGUUCGGUCCACCAGUCAUAAACCAGAUGAAAUCUACGGCAUGAUUGAGAGACUAUCCCCUGGCACCCGCAAGAUUGAGUUAUUUGGACGACCACACAACGUACAACCCAACUGGAUAACUCUUGGAAAUCAACUGGAUGGGAUCCACUUACUAGACCCAGAUGUGGUGGCACGGUUUAAGCAAAGGUAUCCAGAUGGUAUCAUCUCUAAACCAAAGAAUUUAUAGAUCACAUAGAACAUCUAAAGCCAUGGUUUUGCAGGCUAUACCAGAAGAGAAAUAUUUAUACAAUUGCCUUUUCCCUUAUUUAAAUAAAGCUUUGUAUUGUAACUGGGA